UCAGCUCCAGUUUAGUGCCUCCGGUGAUGCUGAGCAGGCAGGCGGGGCUGCUUUUGCUUACAGUAGCCUGCCGUGGAGUGAUGUAGCAGGACGUACGGACAGAGAGGACACAGCGGGAAACGGACGCCUGUACUGUCGGUUAUAAAUAAACUGGUUAGAAUCUGCAGCUGUGUACUCUGAAAGCACGAUGGGUUUACACACGAAGCAAAUCUAACGCCAAAAGCAUCGGAGCCAUCCGUGCAGCUCGACACACGGACAUCUUGUUUCAUUCACACCGGAGUGCGGAGACUUAUUUUCCCACGUUUGGGAGCCGCUGGAAACCGCGCACCAUGGCGUGGCCCUGCAUCAGCAGGGCUUGCUGCAUGGCCCGCUUCUGGAAUCAGCUGGACAAGGCUGACAUUGCGGUGCCUUUGGUCUUCACCAAGUACACGGACGUAUCCGAGAUGCAGCACAUCCAGCUGCAGCCGCAGCUACACCCUCCCCAGGCCCGGGUUGCUAUAGAAACGCAGCCGUCUCGCGCAGAAAACCGCGGCGUUCCAGCUGUACGCGCGCCGCGGAGGUGCGUCUCCGAGGAGCGCGUGUGCAGCUCUGUGAUGCGCGAGGACUUUAAGCACUGGAAAGUGCGUCCCGAACCGAGCUGUAAACCCAAGAACGAGUACCACGAACCGGAAACACCGUUCAACAGCGAAACCCAGUACCAGAAGGACUUCAAGCCCUGGCCCAUCCCGAAGAGAUACGAUCACCCCUGGAUACCCAAACCACCUCCGAGCGUCUCUGGAGACGACCGGACAACGGGCAGGUCCAGGUACCCGAAAAAACAUGUGGUGCUGGCGGAUGCGGACAGCGGAAUUGAAAAAAGCGCUAUAGCCGACAAGGUGCAGGAGAAGGACCUCCUCCAGGGGCAGGAGAGGAAAAAGCGCUCUAGUAAGCAGGAGGGGGAGAAGAAAGUGGUCCCGAAGGUGGAUGGAGAGGGCAAAGGGAGGGCGGCGGCGGACGCCGUGAACAGGCAGAUCAAAGAGGAGAUUUCAGCCGGCAGCUCCUACAAAACUGAGUUCAAGGCGUACAGAGAUGUGAAGCCAGUAAAGAUGAUCCGGGCCAAAUCCCAGUACCUCCCACCAGAUGGAAAGACGAGCUUAGAGACGAGCUACAGCGCAACAUUCAAGGCCCAGUUCCCGCUGCAGCCUGCUGACAACAAGGCCCUGGAGAGGAGGAGGAUACGCAGUUUGUACAGUGAGCCUUACAUAGACCCCACCAAACAGGUUGACAGGUAUAGUGUCCCUCGCUCUAAAUCCAAAAAGUCUGGAGCCACAGCAGCAGGCCAGGGCAAGCCAGUGAAGAAAGCCAAAGAUAAGCAGAGCACUGCGCUGAGGGGCUCCAAGAAGGCGACCUCAGAGAACCAGCCCGAGAACCGGCCUUCGGUGGGGGACAAGGAGAAAAGUAAAGAGAUGAACAACAAACUGGCUGAGGCAAAAGAGGUUGUGCUAAAACAGUACCACUACAUACAACUCUGCCAGCCAAUCCGAGAUAUUGGCUGGGUGCAGACUCUAAAGCAACACCUGUGGGGCUGUGCACUACCCAAUCCCAGAGAUGCUAAAGACGAGGUUCUCCGACCCAGUCAUCAUCAUUCCUACAAUGCUGCUGGAGGAGAACCACAACCACCGCUGGAAAGACCCGAACCUCGGAGGAGUGGUGGAGUCGUACGCUUUGCCCUAGAUAUGAACCAGACUGAGUAACUCUGCCAGGACAGAGGCAGAUGCACCUUUAUGCAGAGACUGCUGCUCUGUACUGUAAAUAUCUAGUAUUUAAGUUGGACUAGAAAGAAAGAGGUGAAUCUCACCAAAAAAAAAAAAAAAAUCUUGCUAUCCAGGAGGAGUCCCACAUUAUUGAGACACGCAUGUUUUAAACAGCUUCUGGCUCAAAGGUUCCGGCUCUUUGACCCACGGCAUUAUUGCAAAGGUGCUACAUUAUUUUUUUUUUUGGUUUCAUGCAUUUUAUUUUAAAAGAUUAUGUCAGUCUAUUAGUAUCAAUACCACAC